CUACAAGCAGUCGUGUUCUGGUUGUCACGAGGCGAGGUUAGUGUGUGGCUUUGCUGUGCGUCGAAAGGUAGUUGGUUGGCUGUGCUCAGACCACGCAGUUCUGUUAUGACGAUUACGUCAAUUGUAGCCACAGAGAUUCGAAAUUUGGCGGUAACAGUGAGUGAUGUGAGUGAACGUGCCCCUGCUGGAGUCAGGAAUUACUGUGCAGUGGAGUGAUUUUGUUUAAUCGCUUGAAUUGUGUCGUGUCUUUGCAACGCCACAAAGAAAAUGUGUUUACCAUCAGAUGACUCCAUGCUGUGAUACCAAGAAACUGACUGAAAUAUUACAGAUCUGAUCGACGAGAGUGGUACUGGGAUAAUUUUCAAUUGCUUCAAGUGAGAAGAAAUGUACCCACAAGGCAGUGCGCGUGUACUGCGAUACCUUAUUGGUGUAACGCUCGUCGGCCAUGUUAUCUGCUCGUCAGAUUUCACCUUUUCAACUGACGCUGACCUAUACACGCUUCGGGCGCAGAAGAGAGACAGGGCGAGGGGAUUGACAAGAAAUGAACGGGGUUCCUCUUCCGCUGCCAUCGCGGGAAGAGAAGUGAAUGACAGCUCCUUACAGGUCACGACAGCUUCAUCUCCAAAGAUAAUUCUCUACUCUGCGUCGUCCAGCUGGGCAGGUUGCGUUCAAACCCGCAGGCGUCAUCGCCGAAAACCUCACAGAUGCGGAAACAUCGCUUUUAAGGAGAAGCGACCUUGCGAUCCCAAGAGGAGACGCUGUCAGAAACGAAGAAGGCAGAAACGGGGGAGAAACAGGUCUUUCCGGGUGGUCCGAAUGUCAGAAGUCGGAGGAGGUCACGGCAGACGCCGGCAGCCAUUGUCACCAGCGAAUCACCACAGAUACGAGCUUGAACGAUCAGGGCGGAGAUCUGAUGAUUUCCGACCUAGAGGACUGUACAGCAACAUUUGGUUCGGGAGGUGGUGCAAACGACCUGCUUUGUGCGGAAACGACUACAUGCGAGAAGUGGCUUAUUGCUACGUGGAAGGAAGUUUCUGCCAGAGAUGGAUCUACAGACAGAUAGAACAGCAAAAUGACGAGGAAAACGAAGGUGAAUUCGAGACGUCAAUGUACGGGUACAAAACCUAA